AUGGAAGAUUCAGUAAUCCAGCAGCACCUGCACCACUACAAACAGGCCACAGAAUCUGCCCGGGAGGAGCUAGCAGCCCUCCAGGCCAAAUAUCAAAGUCUCCACUCAGAGCUGGUGGAUUGUCGAUCCAAGCUUUCCUCUCAGGAGACUACUGUGAAAGAUCUGAGAGAGGCAACUGACAGGCACAAGGAGACAGAGGCCAGACAGGCAUCUCUCAUCAGCUCCCUCAGGGAGCGCAUUCACAACACUGAAGAAGAAAUGAUCUCCAUUGCCACCUCUAAAAGCAUUACAGAUAUGAAAUUACAAGCACUUACCAAGGAGAAGGAAGAUUUGAAGGAAAGAGCAUUACAACUGGAGAUUCAGUCCAAGGAGUAUCUUAAAGAAUGGAACAAGACAAAGCAAGAGACUACUGAUUUGCAGAGGAAAUGCAAAGAAUUUUUAUCCAGACUAGUCAGCAAGCUUUCUGUCGAUUUAGCUGGGAAUGAUAAACCCAUGGAGACAGUUGUCUCUUUGGUGGACCUGUGCUGCAAGGAGAGAGAUAGACAGAAGACUCAGAUAUGUGCCCUAGAGGAGAGUGUGAAAUCCUAUGAGGUGGAGAGUAAAGCCAGCAGAGAAACACUGAGAAGACUAGUGGCUGAUGUGGACCAUGAACAGAAAGCAUCGGCUAUCCGAGCGAGUGACCUGAACUCUGUUAGACAGGAACUUGAUUGCACACUACUAAAGAAACAGAGCCUGGAAGUAGACAAUAAGAACCUGAGGAACAAGCUGCAGGAAUGUGAGCUUGCCCUGGUUGCUACUAAGGAGGAGUGCAGCCCUUAUAAGAAGUGCUCUCAAGAUCUGGAGCAAAGACUCCUCAGGAGCCAAAAUGAGGCACAAGCAUUACACAGUCGCAUGGAGUCCUUUUUCAAAGAAGUGCAAGUUCUGCUUGGAAAUGAGCCCGUCAUUUCCCUGCCUAAAGAAGAACAUGUUCUGGAGAGACUCCGAGAAGUCUGCAGAAGAGAGAAAAGCAGCACUGAGUCUGUUACUGCGAUGGAGACCAGGCUGGCUACAGCCUUACAGGAACUUGGUAGGCAGACGGAGCUGCACAGGGCAGCAGAACAGAGGGAGCAGCAGCUCCAGAACAAGAUGCAAAUACUGGAGUCAGAGCUGCUCACUGUGGGAGUGAGCAAAGAUGAGCAGAGUCAUGAAAAACAACAAUACUUGCAGUUUCUGGAGCAUCUUUCAGAGAAAAUGAGAAUUGAGCAUAUAACCACAGAUUUGGGUUUUGACAUGCAACUUGAGGCCAUACUGGCACGUGCAGAACAACUGACUAGACAGGAGGGAACAGCUUUAGUGGAAACCAAGACUAUGAUUUACAGUCUUCAGAAAAAGUUGAAGGAUCAGAAGCAGCGCUUAGAGAGUAAGGACCUGCACAUGGAUCUUCUACGGAGGAAGAUGACCCAGCUGGAUGAAGAGAAGAGGAGUCGUUCAGCAUUGGCCGUGGAGAGGGAUGAUGCUACAGUGGCCAGCAGGAAACUGCAGAAGAAGGUGGAGCGACUUCAGGCUGAGCUUAAUGCCAUGCGACUCUCCGCCACUGACCUGAAGGCCCAGCUCUCUCACACCAAUGAGCUGAAGAUCAGAGUGAUGGAACAGAACAGAACCAUUGAAGAUCAGACUAAGAGUCUAGGAAAACUGGAGAAGAACAAGGAGAAAGUGGAGAAGAGACUUGCAACAGCGAAGACAGAGCUCCAGAAUCAGGAGCACAGAGCCCGGGAUGAACUACAGCAAGCACAGAGACUGCUCCACAGCCAGGCCAGUGCCAUGGCAGAGCUCGCCCACAGAGAGAAGAAGCUGAUGGAUUUCUGUACCGUCAUUGCUCAGAUGUUAGGGAUGAACACGCCAGCCUCCGUUCCCAGCUGUGAGAUUAUCAAGAGGCUGGAGGUUCUUAUUCAUUCAGGUCAUCACUUUACCCUGGUCAACCAGUGUGUAGUGCCACAUCAUCAGCACCACACAGCACUGAUCCCAGAUGCCCCUGCAUGCUCUAUCGUUACAACAGACUCUGCAGGGCCUGAAGUAUCAGAGCAACCUACAUUGUCUACUCCAACUACAACCUGA